UCACACAUUUCACAGGUUCUACCAAGUGUACUUUUUUUGGGCAUUGAAGGCAGUGUAAUGAAUAGAGAGCCUGUUUGUCAACUGCAGGACCACAGUUCAAGCAUCUACACUCACUCUUUGAGCAAGACGUUACGUCAUAGAUGCUGUUGUGAGGCCGACAUUCUCUCUGUCUAGAGCUGUAAUGACACGUCAAUGAAUUGAUUAGGCAGUCAACAGAAAAAACAAUUUUGAUAAUCAGUCACCAGUUUGAUGAUUCAACUAGCUACAAAUGCCAAACAUUUGCUGGUUACAGGUUGUUAAUUUGCUAUUUUUCUCUGUUUUAUAUUAUUUGAAAUCAGUAACCUACAAUUCUUUGAAAAGUUCUUCAUAAUCAUCCAGAAUUUUUUUAACAUUAGGUGUUUUUAUGUUUCUAAAGCAAUACAUCUCAUUUAGAAAGAUUCUCAGUACAUAUACACUAGUAUUCAUCCUUGGGCACUUAUUGGACCCUACCAUGAUUGUGAUCUACUUCCAUGCUGCUCUACAUUUCCAGUAGGAUUAGAAUGUUUCUGAGAGGACACUUUGUCCUGUGAGUGAGAUGUACAUUAUCUCACUGUAGCCCCUGGGUGUGUUCACUGCUGCUAUGCUUCGUUGCCUCCUCUGAAAGGUAAUGAUGACCAAGGGGACUGGGACUUUGCUCUGCGUGCCAUGCAUAUCAGACACGCUGAUCUUGGUUGAGACAAAUUGCACAUUGUAUUCACCGGCGUUCGUCAUGAUGUUGUUGGAUAAUAGUCUGUGAAUGAUUUACCAGUGAGGAACGAGGAAACUCUGUUUUCUUCUGGUGGAAGAAUCACAACUAUCCCUCCACUAGGUGGCAAUCUUAACUUGUAUCCUCCUUCUCUAUGUGUCUGAUGAUGUUACUUUGAUUCACAGCAAGCCCCUUUUAUUAACAGAUACAUUUCUCUCAACCUUCAGAGACAUUGUAUUUCAUGAGCUGUAUCCUUUAUUUGUCUCUCAAUGCAAAAUCAACUGUGCUUUAGGGAUACUUUGUCUUCAAAAUGUCAGCCUACAGUCUGUCAUCUUGACAGUCAGUCAUUGACAGACUCAUGACAGCCCCUUCAGCAGAAGCAUCACUUUCAGUAUUAUAAACAUCAGUCAUCAGUUUGGUCUCUGUAACUUGAGACACAGGCCAUUAAUGCAGCCGUUUUUGACCUAAUGGCCAUUGAUCAGUCAGUAGUCCAUUGACUUAUAGUGGUUUCUCAGUGCUACACAUGCCACUACAAACCUCGAGGGAGUCUGUGAAGUGCUCUCACAGUCAUGUAAACUAACCUAUGUCUGCUUAACACACAAUGCUUUAUUUAAAAGUACUGAGCAAUGUUGUUCUCUGUUUGAUUUUCAGCUAUGAUGUUUUAAAUGUUAUAGACCACUAACUACAUCAAGCUGCCUUUGGCAAGUAUAUCUGGAGCAUGUCUCUAGCUAAAUGUUAGAUAGUCAGUUAUCCAGGCUUUCAUGAAUUUUUGACUUCAUAUUCCUUCCACCAAGUUUUGUACGUGAGGGUCUGAAUCAGUGACAGCUGUGAUGAUGAUAGGCUUUGUCAGGCAGCGUUUGAAAACCACCUGCCAGUCAAUUCCAAAACAGAGAGAGACAGAAGGAAAAUCUUUUCUGUUUGCUCGAAUAUUAUGCGUCCGAGGAGCGGAGGCCUGGCCUGAUAGCUUGAAUCUGUGGUCGCUUUUUGAAUUUCGUGUUUACCAAUUACACCGGCCACACCCUGAGGCAUUAGCAGCUCAGUGGCUUCACUGUAUAGUCAACACAUGCAUGUGUUUACUCAGUGUCAGGUUGAUACCUCCAUAUUGCCAUGACUGCAACAACUUGUGUCAUUAAAAUGCUUCUCAGAAGGUGAGAGGAGUACUUGACUUGACCUGUAGAUCAAACUCCUGAGUGUUCUUCUCCUUGCAUGUGCAGGAAUUUGCUAAGUGGCCAGACCUCCUGCCACAUUCCUCCUGAUACUCGCUGGUUGAAUCUCAGCAGGGCGUUCGACCGACUGGUCAGAUUAUAUGUGCUGGAAAGAUUUCCACAGAAAUUGUCAUGUUUUUUUUGCCAGGAUAAUUACCUUGUGUAUCUAGAAAUAAGUGUUUUUUUCAUUUUAAUAGCAUGAAACUGUAUUAAAAAAAAUGCAAAAACAGUUAAUACUAUCCACAUGCAGUUUUGUAAGUUUGCACUUUUUCAGCCCCAAAUACAGGAAAAUGCUGCAGUUACAAUUCUGCUGCUCCUAUUGAAGACAAAAGUGUCAGUUUCUUUCAUUUUUGAACCAUGGGAUGAUAUCGUCUGCAUGCUACACCCUUCACAGUGAAUCUUCUGCUUGUUAGAGACUGUUAAUAAUGUUAGGGCUGUUUUGUUUAGGACGUGGGUGUUUGCGUCCUGUUGUCUUACUGUGUCAGUGCCCAAUGUCCUGUUUUCCCAUGAUUCCAAUAGUCACUCAGAACAGAGUCGCCUCAGCUGUGGCCUCACAAAGGCUCCAGGGAAUAAAAGAGCCAUGCCACUGAAAAGAAAGCAGAGCUUGUUGUGUGACCACCUUUUGUGUGUUUUCUUCCAUACUCUUCUUUAAGAGACAAGAAGCCAUCUGCCUGCAAACAAAGAGUGCAGCCGUCCCGUCUCCCUCCCUCCCACCUCGAAAGGCUAAAAUAUCUCUGAGUGGUUCAUUCCUCAUCUGUCCCUUCUGACUUAUCUGCAGAGCUGAAUUGUAUGAUCUCCUCACCUCUGGUGCGGCGGAGUGCCUUGAAAGACACACCAGAGAAGCAAUGCUCAUAUGAGAAGAUCCACAACUUUAAGGUGCAUAACUUUCGAGGGCCGCACUGGUGCGAGUACUGUGCCAACUUCAUGUGGGGCCUCAUCGCCCAGGGUGUGCGCUGCUCAGAUUGUGGACUGAAUGUACACAAACAGUGCUCCAAACUGGUUCCCAGCGACUGCCAGCCGGACCUGCGCAGGAUAAAGAAAGUGUUUAGCUGUGACCUCACCACGCUUGUCAAGGCUCAUAACGCGACAAGACCCAUGGUGGUUGACAUGUGUAUUCGAGAGAUAGAGCUCAGAGGUAUGAAAUCUGAAGGUCUCUACCGAGUGUCUGGCUUCUCGGAGCACAUAGAGGAUGUGAGACUCGCCUUUGACCGAGAUGGUGAAAAGGCUGACAUCAGUGCCAGUGCCUAUGCAGACAUCAACAUCAUUGCUGGUGCUUUGAAGCUCUACUUGAGAGACCUUCCCAUUCCAGUCAUUACGUUUGACUUGUACUCCAAAUUUAUUCAAGCUGCAAAACUUCCUAAUGCUGAAUCCAGACUGGAGGGAAUCCACGAGAGUUUGCUGCAGCUUCCCCCAGCUCACUAUGAGACUUUACGUUACCUGAUGGCUCACCUCAAGAGGGUGACAAUGUUCGAAAAGGACAAUUUAAUGAAUUCUGAGAACCUGGGGAUCGUCUUUGGUCCGACACUUAUGCAGCCACCGGAGCAGAAUGCUUUGGCAACCCUGAAUGACAUGAGGCAGCAGAAACUUGUAGUGCAGCUUAUGAUAGAGCAUGAAGAUGUCUUAUUCUAAGGACUGAGGCAUGCAGACCUUACAGCAGAAACAAAGGACAAUUAUUUAUUCUGUCAAAGAGGAAAUUCAAGCCACCUUGAUGAAGUUUCAGAAUAGUUUCUCGCAUGACUGUUUUGGUUGAAGUUGGUUUAGUGUUGACAUUGUCUUGUUACGUUGUUAAGUUUUGGGGUUUUCACUCAGCCAGGACCAUCAUUUUUAUAUUACAAAAGUAUGUUUGACUACCUACAGUGCUGUUUCCUCCUCUCUUUAAUUUGAGGACUGUCACUACCUGGUGUAGACUCAGUCAUGGUGACAGCGCUGUGUUAAAUCCACCCAAGGCAGGUCAUCUGGUGCUGUGUUAACCGAGCCUCACAGCAGCAGCUAAGUUAACGUUCCCACAUGACGUGUGCAUAUUGUGGUUUCGGUGGGAAUGCUGGUUAAAAUUUGAAACGAAACAAUGUGGAUCCUUUCAUUGUAGAUAAAAUCAGAUCAUGUGAUGAUCAGUAUUUUCACUGUGUGUACUAAAAAUGAAAGACGAGACAAUUGGUCGCUCAUGAAGCACUUUUUGCAACAAGUGUAAAGAUUUAUUUUGUAAAGAUGUUUAUUUUUGUCUUUUAUUCUGCAUCUUCUUCCUUUGUCACAAUAAUAUAUACUGUUGAGAAUGAUGUUUGUUAAAUCGAUGUCUAAAUACAAAACUGUUCACAAUAGAAAAGAAAAGUCAGAAAAGCUACAGUUUGUGCAUCUGCCAUUUUCAUUUAAUGGUUAAAUUCUGGUCAUUUUAAUUCAUGUGAUUUAGCUGCCUCUGCACCACAUAACACAUGUUGGUCGCCAGUUUCGCAGCAUUUCAGUUUACAUUCUGUAAUUUGGGAUAUUUUCAAAUAAAAAAUAAGAUUUUG